AUGGCCUGCGCGUGUGACCCCAAGACGCCAACUGCUCAGUGCGAGUGUGGUGGCAAGUGCACGGGCUCGUGCGACUGCCCCUCGUGCCCAGCGAACCAGGCGGUGGCCUGCAGCUGCUCCCAGCCUGGCGAGAGCUGCAAGUGUGCCGACGGUUGCAAAUGCGCCGACUGCAAGUGCCCCUCGUGCCCGUCGAAGAAAGCCGCUGCUUGCAAGUGCGAGCAGCCCGGCGCCAGCUGCCAGUGCGCGGAGUGCAAGUGCCCCUCUUGCCCAUCGAAGCAGACCAAGGAUUGCCACUCCUUGGACAUGUGGGACGCGAGUGCGGACCUAGGGGUGUGGGUGCUGCGAGUCGCCUGGCGAGAGCUGUGGCUGCGAGGCCAACUGCAAAUGCAGCAACUGCAAGUGCAAGCAGUGCCCAUCGAAGCGGGGCUGCUGUGCUUGAGUUAUACAUCACUGAAGUCAGUCAAACUGGCCGGCCUACACGAGGUCGUAUGA